AUGUCCUACCGUGUUGCCGCCCCGGAUGAGUACCUUGCCAUUACCGGCAUGGGAGUCAAGACCAUCCGGAUCACCAAGGCAUCAUGGGUCCUCCCGUUCCAGCGCUGCAUGCGCUUCAGCGUGCAGCCCCACGACUAUGCAAUGAACCUGCAGGCAAUGACUAGGGAGAAGCUGCUCUUCCAGCUCCCCGUAGUCUUCACCAUCGGUCCCGACAUCAACCAGCGCGGCGCCAACUCCAAGGGCCAGCCCGUACACGAGCCGGAGAACGAAGGCGAUGAGGAGGCACGGGAGGACCGGGGUGACGCGCUGAUGAAGUACGCCAUGCUGUUGGCCGACGGGGCCAACGAGGGCAAGAAGAGCUCCGGGUCGCAGCAGUUCCUCGAGAACAUCGUCAAGGGCAUCAUCGAGGGAGAGACGCGCGUGCUGGUGUCGAGCAUGACGAUGGAGGAGAUCUUUACCGAGCGCGAGGUGUUCAAGCGACGCAUCUUCAAGAACAUCCGCGGCGAGCUGGCCCAGUUCGGCCUCAAGAUCUACAACUCCAACGUCAAGGAGCUCAAGGACGCCCCCAACUCGUCCUACUUUGAGUCGCUGUCCCGCAAGGCCCACGAGGGCGCCACCAACCAGGCCAGGAUCGACGUGGCCGAGGCGCAGCUGCGCGGAAACGUCGGUGAGGCCCAGCGCAAGGGUGAAGAGCAGCGUGAGAUUGCAAAGAUCAACGCCGAGACGGCCGUCCAGAAGGUCGACCGGGACAUUGAGCGCGCGCAGGCCGAGUCGAACCUCGCAACCCGCAAGACGCUCCUCAACCGAGACGUCGAGAUUGCCCGCAUCGAGGCCACGCGCAAGACCGAGGCCAAGGAUGAGGACCUCAAAAAGGAGGUGCAGGUCAAGAAGGCGGCGGCCGAGAUGGAGCGGCUGCGUGCCACCGAUGUCGUCAAGGCCACCAUCGAGCGCGAGUCGGCCCAGCAGAGCGCCGACGCAAAGGCCUACGCCGUCCAGGUCGAGGCGCGCGCCGACUACGACCGCACCAGGCUCGACGCCGACGCCGAGAGCUACGCCCUCGUCAAGCGGGCCGAGGCCGAGCUGACGCGCCGCACCAAGGAGGCAGAAGCCAUGAUGGCCAUGGCGGAAGCCUACGGGCAAAUGUCAAAGGCGUUUGGUGGGCCGCAGGGCCUGCUCGCCUACCUCAUGAUCGAGAAGGGCACGUACGUCGAGCUGGCCAAGGCCAACGCCGAGGCGGUCCAGGGCCUGCAGCCCAAGAUCAGCGUGUGGAACACGGGCGCUGCCGAGGGCGGUUCAUCCCAGGGCCAGGGCGGCAUCGAGGCCAUGCGCAACGUCUACCAGAUGCUGCCGCCGCUGAUGACCACCAUCAACGAGCAGACGGGCAUCACGCUGCCCGAAUGGCAGUUUGGACGCAUGAACAACGACAUGGCGGCGGUCGAGCGCGAGAAGGCAAUUGCUUCCAACAGCAAGCGCCACGCCGAGAGCAACGGAGCACUAAUCAAAGAUUGA